AAAAAGCCCCACCCUACAGUCUUCCUGUCUCGCUGCCAGAAACCUUCAAUCAGAUCGCACCAUCAUACAGGUAUCAUGGAUCUAGCAGAUGCUCUUGAUUCUGAAGCUACAAAAAGCAAUCAAAGCAAUCAGCAGGCUGCAGGGCAAACAUGGCCUGGCCAACCCACUAACCCUUCCUGGCCUGGACAACCUCAAAAUCCUACUUGGCCUGGGCAACCAAGUGGGCAACCAUACCAGUCCUGGCCUGGACAACAGCCAUACAUGCCAUCCUGGCCUAAUCAGCCAUACCAGCCAGCAUGGCCUGGACAACCCAGCCAACCCAAUGCACCAGGGGGGCCAGGACAAGUUCCACCUACUGCCCCACAAAAUAUGACAUUGACUGUCCCAUUAGACAUGCCUCUGCCAUAUGGAGUAUAUGACAAGCUGCUCAUUACAGUCCAGGGGGAGCCCAAGCCAGAUGCCAAACUGUUUUCAAUCAAUCUGGCCAAAAAUAAAGACAUUGCCUUUCACUUUAACCCCCGCUUUGAUGAAAAUGGGAUUAAGGUGAUGGUUAGAAACACCAUGAUAAAUGAUGUGUGGGGUACAGAGGAAAGAACAGCUUCUUCAUUCCCUUUCAUUCCAGGAAAGCCUUUUGAGGUGAAGAUCUUGUGUACUCCAAAUGACUAUAAAGUGGCUGUGAACAAGGCUCACCAAUUUGAGUACAAACAUCGAAUUCGUGAGCUCAACCAGAUUAACCAUCUCACUGUCUUCGAUGAUGUCAAAAUUACAGCUGUAAAUUUUGAGACCCUCCCCUGAAGGGGAGUUUUGAAUAUUAUGAAAGUCAUAUAGGAAUUGUAGGGUUCUUUUUUCUUACCUGUUAGUCAUGUUUCCUAUGCCUGCCUGCUUUUAUGGGGUAAAAAAAAUACAUUCUUGUAUGACUGUAAUUCUAUGAUUACUAUACAUAAAGCACCAUUCACUUCUUUUGCCAGGCUUUCCCUCUGGCAGCACAGCAAUAUAUUUCUUUGUAUUUUCGUAACUUUAGAUGUCUCUGAGAGACUCAACUCUAGAAAUGUUGCACGUUUUACUGCUCUAGCUAGCAUCAAAGAGUACAUAUUCUGACUCCUGCUUAAACGUAGAAAUUCUCUUAUUUCUGAACUGAUAAUAGAAGUAACUUUGUAGAAUUGUACUAUACUAUCGUAGAUCUGUGCAGAUUGAAUUCAGAAGACGAACCACAAACCACUGGUGGUCAUCAUUUGACUUUGAUGCUCUCGUCACUGAAUGACGUUUUAGCCAGUGAUGAUUAUUUUUGCUGUCUACUAAUAUCAGGUGCCAUGUGGUAGUCAUGUAGAUUUGUAAAAGAUGUAUAGGUUUAAUAAUAAACUUACACAAAAUGCAGUUGUCAUUCCUCUGACCAACACCACUAUAUGAAGUUGUGUUUAUCCAUCUGCAAGUUGAGGAUCACCUUAGCUGGAUGAUGCAAACUGUACAUGCAUCAACAUUAAUACAAAUUGUGUAUUGUGACAGUGCGUUAGUUGAGACAAAAAUUAAAUGGCCCACAAACUAUCUUUAUCCGUCCUAGUCUCGGGACCAAUUAAUGACACAUAUGUUAUCUAUGAUAUGUUUGUGAAGGAAAUACAAAAAGUAAAAAAAAUUUAAAUUAC